AUGGUAAAAUAUUGCUAAAGUUGUAAUACAUAGAAAGCCUUUAUGGUAAGACCAAAGACUGGAAACCUUAUUUGCCAAAAUUGCUUUUUUUAAGCAUUUGAGGAUGAGAUUCAUCACACAAUCAUAUCUACAUAAAUGUUUAAGCCUGGUGAAAAGAUUGCCAUAGCAGCUUCAGGAGGCAAAGAUUCCACAGUCUUAGUUCACGUUAUUACUCUACUAAAUAAGAAGUAUAAUUAUGGAUUGCAUUUAUACUUAUUAUCAAUUGAUGAAGGAAUUAAGGGAUAUAGAGAUGAUUCUCUAGAAACAGUUAAAUAGAACUAAAUCACCUAUGAUUUGGAAUUAAAGAUCUUAUCCUAUAAAGAACUCUUUAAUUGGUCAAUGGAUGAAGUUGUAGCACAAAUUGGUCUCAAUAAUAAUUGCACAUAUUGUGGAGUUUUUAGGAGAUAAUCAUUAGAUAGAGGUGCAAUAUAAUUGGGAGUUGAUAAAAUUAUAACUGGACACAAUGCGGAUGAUAUGGCAGAGACAUUUCUAAUGAAUCUUUUAAGAGGUGAUAUCUUUCGAUUGCCAAAAUCUACUGCCAUAAUCACAGGUGAUGAUGGAGACAACGGAAUUGCCACAUUGCCUAGGUGCAAACCUUUCAAAUACACUUAUGAAAAAGAGAUAGUAAUGUAUGCACAUUAUAAAAAACUCAUUUAUUUCAGUACUGAAUGCACUUACUCUCCUAAUGCUUUUAGAGGACAUGUUCGAGAAUUAAUUAAGAAUUUAGAAGCCAUAAGACCUAGUGCAGUAAUUGAUUUAAUUCACUCUUGCGAAUAAUUGGAUGCUCCAAACCAAAACUAAAAAUUACCUCAAAAACAAUUGUGUUAAAAAUGUAAUUUACUAUCAUCGAAUAAAAUAUGUAAGGCAUGCACAUUACUCGAAUCAUUAAAUUAAGGAAGAGCUAAAUAAAUAUUGUAAAUUUAGGAGUGA